AUGUGUCCCCUGUGCUCCAUCCCUUGCAGUGGGGGGCCACGAUGCCGGAGCAGAGCAACGAUUACCGUGUGGUGGUGUUCGGUGCCGGCGGCGUGGGGAAGAGCUCGUUGGUGCUGCGCUUCGUCAAGGGGACAUUCCGAGACACCUACAUCCCCACCAUCGAGGACACGUACAGGCAGGUGAUCAGCUGCGACAAGAGCGUCUGCACGCUGCAGAUCACCGACACCACCGGCAGCCAUCAGUUCCCAGCCAUGCAGCGCCUGUCCAUCUCCAAGGGCCAUGCCUUCAUCCUGGUGUUCUCCGUCACCAGCAAGCAGUCGCUGGAGGAGCUGAGGCCCAUCUACCAGCAGAUCGUGCAGAUCAAGGGCAGCGUGGAGAGCAUCCCCAUCAUGCUGGUGGGCAACAAGUGCGACGAGACGCAGCGGGAGGUGGAGAGCAGGGAGGGGGAGGCCGUGGCCAAGGAGUGGAAAUGCGCCUUCAUGGAGACCUCGGCCAAGAUGAACUACAACGUGAAGGAGCUCUUCCAAGAGCUGCUCAACCUGGAGAAGCGCAGGAACGUCAGCCUCACCAUCGACGGGAAGCGUUCCAGCAAGCAGAAGAGGACAGACAAAAUCAAGGGGAAGUGCAGCAUCAUGUAGAACCCCGGACUGGCCCAUGCCCCCCGGCCCCCCCCUCACCUCCCCGUCGGUGGGGCUGUCCCUGUGUGCUCCCUGCGUGUGCGGUGCCUGCGGGGCGGCUGCGGCCAUCGUUGGGUUUGGGGACACAGACCCGUGGGGACCCUCGGCCUGGUGGAGUGGGACGGG